AUGGCCACCCUCACCCAACUGGCCGCCUCUUCUGCCCUCGACAUGCAGCACGCCAGCUCCCCGGUGUACCGCGGAAAGACCGCUCCCACUCCCAAUGGCACCACCAAGCGUGCGCGCGACACCAAGUACCGCCAUGUCUUUGCGACGCACUCCGUGUCACGCACCUCGUGUCUCAGCCAGGAGAGCGCAGACAAGAUCCCGAGCUUCGUCGGCUUCAGGAACCUCAUGAUCUUGGUCCUGAUCGUCUCCAACCUGCGCUUGAUGAUCGUGAACCUGCAGAAGUACGGCGUCCUCAUCUGUCUGUCCUGCCACGACUACCGCCGCUCCGACGUCGUCACCGGCCUGCUCCUCUACCUGCUCGUCCCCGCCCACCUCUUCGUCACCUACCUGAUCGAGCUCGCCGCCGCCUGGCAGGCCAACCGAGCCUACGCCCGCAUCUCCCACCAACGCGACCAAGACACGCCCGCCAGCUACGCCGCCGCCCUGCGCAGCUUCAACUCGACGUGGUACAUUGUCGCCUUUUUCCACAGCGUCAACGCAGUCGCCAACCUCUACAUCGCGACCAAGUACGUCUACUACGACAUCUACCACCCGGGCAUCGGCACCCUCUGCGAACUGCACGCCGUCAUCGUCUUCCUCAAGUGCGCCUCCUACGCACUCACAAACCGCGACCUCCGCCAUGCCUACCUGCACCCCAAGCAGGCCGAUCCGCUGCCCGAGCUCUACAAAGCAUGCCCAUAUCCGCAGAACAUCAACAUGAAGAACCUGUGCUAUUUCUGGUGGGCACCCACCCUCGUCUACCAGCCCGUCUACCCCCGAACCGACACGAUCCGCUGGGACUUUGUCCUCAAACGUCUGGCCGAACUCGCUGGUCUCAGCAUCGUCAUCUGGAUCGCCUCCGCCCAAUACGCCGCGCCGCUGUUGCAGAACUCGCUCGACAAGAUCCUCACGUUGAACUUUACGUCCAUUGCUGAGCGCGUCAUGAAGCUAUCCACCAUCAGCGUCUUCUGCUGGCUGUGCGGCUUCUUCGCCCUCUUCCAGUCCGCUCUCAAUGCGCUUGCCGAAGUCAUGCGGUUCGGCGACCGAGAGUUCUACGGCGACUGGUGGAACGUCUCGUCCAUCCGCACCUACUGGACUACCUGGAACAAGCCCGUGACCAACUUUAUGCGCCGCCACAUCUACUCACCUCUUGUCGGCCGCGGUGUGCCUCCCGCGCUGGCCCAGAUCCUCGUCUUCCUCUUUUCUGGCGUCCUGCACGAACUGCUCGUCGGCGUCCCCACACACAACAUUAUUGGCGUAGCUUUUGCUGGCAUGAUGUUCCAGAUCCCGCUCAUUGCGCUCACAGAUGUCAUCCAAAAGGUCAAAUGGAUCCAGGGGAGGGUUGCAGGUAACAUGAUUUUCUGGAUGAGCUUUUGUCUCGUGGGACAGCCACUCGCGGCGCUGCUUUAUUUCUUUGCCUGGCAGGCAAAAUAUGGCAGUGUAAGUAAGAGUGUGGGGGAGAGUGCUGUGAAUGUAUUCUAUCGGCGGUAG